AUGCUGACCAUCUCUGGUAACCAAGAAAAGGCAUAUAGAAACAAAAGAGAGGUGAGGGACAUGUCUAGUGUGUCGGGGGUCAAGAAAUACCGGCUGGUUGCGGCAGCACGGCCGCCGGUCAAAGUGGUAACUGGGGAUCUGAGCUCGGCGGUGACGCGCGGCCCUCACGUGACCAGAGCCCGUGUCUGCCCAAGUCCUUCUCGUCCUGGUCCUUUUUGCCUGUCCAGACACCAUCUGCCUAUCGCCCUUUGGACGAGGGGGAAAGCAGAAGAAACUCCGCAGGUCACAGCGGGGCACCUGGAGGAGAGGCCGCCUCGGAACCAGCUGCCGGGAGAGGUCCAG